AGUGGAUUCCAAGCCCAAGGUUAGAGGUCGAAGGUCAUUGACCUUCAGGGCUAGUGGAUAAAGAUUGGCUGUAGAAUUAGAAAUGGCUACUGACUGUGCUAGUGCUGAAGCUGGCAGCACGAUGCUCUCCAUCGAGAAGUCGGAGUUUGAGCGGUUGCAGACCCAGCUGAUAGACCUGAGGACUGCCAACUACACUGUCAAAGAGGAGCACUCCAAACUAAAGACAGAGGUGACCCAGCUGCAGUCUACACUACAGACUCAGACCAGGGAGCUGGAGAAAGCCAACAAGACUAUUCAAAGAAGCAAAAAAGCCAGGGAGGUGUCUGCUUUGGUUGAGGAGAAUGAUCGGCUACAGCAGAAGAUGGAGACUCAGGAGGAGGACUUUCGACUACAAAACAAGACUCUAAUGGACGAGCUGUCACGGGUAAUGGAUGAGAAAGAACACGCCUCGUCUGAACUAGACGAUCUGCGUCAGAGGACAGCAAACAAAUUGGGCGGUGACUCUCCCAAAAUGGGUGAGGCUGGAGGUGUGGCCAGUGAGGAGGUGACAUACCUGAAGGCUGAGAAUUCGGCCUUGCAAAAGUCUAUUCAGACCCUCCAGGAGAGGUUGACGGACCACACUGACUCGGGAGAGGGAAAUGGAGAACAAUCAGAGGAUUCGGGCACUACAGAAAAAGUGCUUGCCCUCGAGUUGAGACUGGCGACUGAAGAGGAGGAGAAGAAGUUACUGAGACAGCAACUUGAAGAGUUACAGGUCAGUGUACGCAAGCAGCAGGCGGAGCUUCAGUCAGAGCUGGACAAGUGGAUGGAUAAAGCAAAGAAGAAACAGGACAGUUUGGUUCAGCUCCAGGAGGAGAAAGAGAAACACUUCCAAGAGAGUAGGUCAUCGUUUGAGGAAAUGGUGCGCUCUAAGGACCACCAGAUCGGAGGGUUGCAGUCCAAACUGGAGGCACUAAAGAACGACCUCAACUCUAGGAAAGAGAUAUCUACGGCUGGACAGGAGAUAGCCAAGCAGCUGGAGUCUCUAAGCACUGAGAGAGAGGAGCUCAGUCUGAGAUGCUCCACUCUGAUAAUGGACAAGGAGUCUCUGGUUGGAGAGCAGUCACGGAUGGUUGCACUCACAGAUGAGUUGGGUAAAGAGCUACAGCAGGCCAGACUGGAGGCAACAGAAGAGAAGAAGAGAAGUCAGAACCUUAUUACUGAACUAGAGGAGGCCAAGUUGUCUCAAGAGCAGCUGGCUGACCAGGUGGUUAAAACAAGUGAAGAGAAACACAAGCUGCAGCAGGAGGUAGACUCUCUGCAGAAGCUUGCUGAGAAGCGUAAGAACCUGCUCGACGAGAUGUCCAUCAAGGGCCAACUCUCCUCCACAGAACAGCAGAAGAAGUUGGACGAGCUGGAGCAGGAGCAUAGCGACCAGAUCUCUAAACUGGAGUCAAUGCUGCAACAGGAAAAGUCGUACCUGCAUACCCUCUCUGAAGCCAACGAGGAGCUGCCUAGUCUGAGAGAGCAAGCCGUCACUCUCGGGGAGAGGGUGGGGGAACUUGAGGUCCAGGUGACGGGACUCACGGAGGAUCUAGAGGGGGAAAGAGAGGAACAUGCUCGCAGGGUGGAGGAGCUGACCAAUGAGAAUGAGGAGACGAUCAAGGGUCUGAGUGAUGAGUUGGAGGCAGGUAAAGAGGAGUUGAGUGUGUCCGCUGAGAGAGUACGAGAGCUUGAGAUGGAGGUGGAGGAUAAACAGGCAGGGGUCAAAAUAGUUGAGAAAAAGUCAAUGGCCUUGCUCAAAGACUUGAAGCAACAGUUGAAACAGAUGCAGAAGAGAGAGGAGAGACUACAGGAGCAGCUGAACCAACUCAAGGGAGGAGUGUCUCUGGACUACACCUCCAUGCCUUCACACGAGUCAAUUGCUGACUCAGCGUCUAAACACAGCAGGGACAGUAGUCUGUCGUCGAUGCGAGGUAUUCGUGAGGGAGGGGCUGAAGGUCUCAAUAGCCCACUGUCUGGGUUGUCAGGCGCCUCUUUGUUGAGUGGACAAGUCUCUGUGAAUGAGGAGACUACAGAACUACUGGGGAGGGUAGCCGAGCUACAAGAGGACAAGUGGGCACUGGAAGCAAGGGUUUCACAUUUGGAGAAUACUGGAUCUGCUUUGGCUGAGGAUGUUAUUCAGAAAUCAGAGAUUAUCAAAUCUUACUUCAUGGCUAACAAAGCUGAUCACUCGCCGGUGGUCCCCAAGCGUUCCCCGACUGAUAAGAUGUCCCCUAUGCGACUGGUGAACUGGGCCAAGGGGGGCGGGGCUAAGGGUGACGAGGUUCUUGCUGAGAUCAACAGGAAGAUGCAAAGAGCACUAGAGGAAGCUCUUAUGAAGAAUAUUCACCUGCACGAGAAUAUUGAGAUGCUAACGACUGAAUUGGAGAAACAGCCUUCACAAAGAGUCAAGACGAAGGUGGCAUCUAGCGGGGAAGACUCUGAACUAGAAACUGUUCCAAAAACAAACAAUGAACAAACAUAGGAUCUCAGUACAACUUCUGUUUUAUAUAAUUAUGUCAUGUUUUCAUAUCUAGUUGCAUAAACGAUAAAAAAGUUCGUGAUACAAAAGAACAUUUACUACUAUAUAA